AUGCCUCUCCAAUGCUCGAUCUGCCUCUUUGUGUUCAGAGAGCCUGUGUCUCUUCCGUGCGGCCACAUCUACUGCAAAAUCUGCCUUACGGCUCACGUUAAUGUGCCUACGAAUAAAGGGAUGACCUCGACGUGCCCAGAGUGUCGCAAGCCCUUCCAUCUCACUGUUCCGGAUGUAACAUACCUGCCCGAGAAAUACCGCCCGUUCAUCGCACAUGCCAUCCGCCGCGUCUACAUCGACACCGCGCCAACAGAAGCCGAAGCCGACGUUGCAUUACUCACUGAAAAAGUCGCCGAGCUCUCAAGGCAGGUAGUCAAGCUCCAAGGCAAGCUCACGCGCAAGGCCGAGAUCGAGGCAAUGCUCGUGCGGGAGUGCGAAAGCCUCUCGGAGGACGUCACAGAGCACCGUGAUGCGCUUAAAGCGGAGCACGAGCGCGCAACGGAGUACGUGGGGAAGCUACAGCAGCUCAAGGAGGAGCUGAAGUAUCAGAAGGAGAGGAGCAAGAAGAAGCAUUUGGAUAUGACGUCUGGUCUCGCGGUGUUGCAAGAACAGAAGCAGAACUAUCGAGAUGCGCUCAAUGAGUCUUUGAAAGAAAACGCCCAGCUGACGAAAAAGUUGACGCGCUCUGAGGAAGAAAAAGCGCGCAUGGAAGUUGAACUGCGCGAGCUCCGCGAAGCAGUCACAGCCGCCGGACUCACAGACCGUGCCAAAUCUUCAUCCAGCGCACCAAAAACUGCCUCCCACUCGCCCAAAGCAGGCCCCAGCCGCAACCGCGUCCGCGCCUCUGCCUCUGCAUCUGUCCCCUCUUCUGACAACGAGUCCAUUUCCGACACCGACGACAUUGCACAUCUGAUCGCGGCGUUCACGCCUAUCCGUGCACGCACCUCUGCUUCCGCCUCGGGCUCUGGCUCCAGCUCCGGGUCAGGGUCGGGUUCUGGCUUGAGACUCAUCAAGCCUCUGCCCAAGAGACUGCGCGUCACGCGUGCCAGAGAGGACGACUCAGCGGUGUUGAGUGCCAGUGCUAAGCGGGCGCGGGUGUUGAGGGGGUAA